AUAAGCACACGUGUUCCAUUUAACCUUCUCAAUGGUCUCAACUUAUAAUUAAUACCAAAGUAGAGUAUACAUCACAAAUAUCAAAAGCGAUAAAAAUAAUAAUAGAAAAUCAAUCGAUGAGUGUUUUCACGUUAAUAUACUUAAUUAACAAAUAAAGCUCCAUACCUACGACUACAUUCAACCCCAAUACCAACAGGUUUAACACGACCAAAAGCAGGGAAAGGCAGUUGCCUAUAAUUGCCUGUCGAAAAACUGUGAAAGACCUUUUACGAGAGCACAACUAUAAGCGUGUUUCCAACAUAAUCCGAAAACAAAACACCAUUGUCAUUAUAUUCUCAUCUCUAUACAUUUUCACGUCCAUUUUAUAUUAGACACACUCCCCGUUAGUUGAGAGCGUGAUAACCUACUGUUUGUGUGUGGUUUCGUUUGCUUUUUUGCUGGCUGAUUUUUAGUCAGCAAACAAUGGAAAAACCUGAAAAAUUUUCAGAUUAUUUGUUUGCAAAAAUGGGUCCACCAAGUGGCACAACCGGCAAUGGCACAGACCUUUCAAUGCCACACAAAACAACCGAACGUAGUGAUGCGCCACGUGAGCUGACCGGCUACCGCAAGUGGUUGAAUGAUAAUUUAAUGUUGUUGGUGACUUUGUCUGGUGUUUUGCUUGGCGUUAUUAUUGGACUUUGUCUGCGCCCUAUGAACUUACAUGAGGAUUCCAUUAUGCUCAUUUCAUAUCCUGGAGAACUUUUCAUGCGUAUUUUAAAGUUGAUGAUUUUGCCAUUGGUUAUAUCGAGCUUAGUUGCCGGAUCUGCAAGCUUGAAUGCGCGUAUGAACGGCAAAAUUGCUUUACGUACUUUAGUAUACUUUGCUUCGACUUCUCUGUUUAAUGCAAUACUCGGCAUUGCUUUAGUUCUACUAAUCCAUCCCGGUGAUCCAGACUUGCAUAAAGCCAAUGAUCACGGUACAGAAAAACGUGCUGUCAAUUUAUUGGAUAGUCUCUUGGAUUUAGGAAGAAAUGUUUUUCCAGAAAAUCUCUUUCAAGCUUCUUUUCAACAAGCACAUACUGUUUAUAUGCCGAAGCCUAGCACUAUGUCAACUUUCAAUGAGACACUUAACGAUACCCUAAGCGAUGUAGAACAGACCUCCGAGGGGCAAUUGUUGCAGCAACAGCAAGACGUUGAACCGGCUCUCAUGCGUGUUGUGCAAUAUCGUAGCGGGACUAAUACACUUGGGAUUGUAUUUUUCUGUUUGGUAUUUGGUACAUUUUUGGGUACAAUCGGUCAAAAAGGUCAAGUUGUAAUCGAGUUCUUCUCCGCUGUCUUUGAGGUCGUCAUGAAAAUGGUAACUUGUGUCAUGUGGCUAACUCCAAUAGGCAUCAGUUCCGUCAUAGCCGGCAAAAUAUUAAGUGUCUCGAACUUACACUUAGUUAUGGAGCAACUAAUAUGGUUCAUACUCACCAUAACGUUGGGUGUAUUCAUCUAUCAGUUAAUUAUUAUGCAAGCGAUCUAUUUUGUGUUCGUGCGACGUAAUCCAUACAAAUUUUACGCCGGACUUGUGCAGGCUAUGCUAACCGCAUUUGCGACAGCAUCAACUGCUGCAGCCCUGCCGAUAACAUUUCGUUGCUUGAACGAGAAGUUACGCGUCGAUCAACGCAUCACACGAUUCGUACUUCCCAUCGGAUGUAACAUUAACAUGGAUGGCACGGCCCUUUAUAUUUCGAUUGCUUCGAUUUUCAUCGCACAGAUGAGCGGCAUGGAGUUGGGUUUUGGUGAACUGGUCACGGUUUUACUGACAUCUACCGCAGCUUCUAUGAGUUCAGCAAGUGUACCUAGUGCAGCAUUAGUUCUGUUGUUGGUCGUACUGUCAGCCAUUGAUGCACCCUUACAGGAUGUUACUUUGCUUUUUGCAGUAGAUUGGUUUGUUGAUCGCAUUCGUACCACCAACAACAUGUUAGGCGAUUGCUACGCUGCAGCCGUCGUGGAGGAACUCUCGCGCAAGGAGCUAAUGGCUCUUGAUGCUGCUGUACUCUAUCAGGAACUACCCGUAUCCACUCCCAAUGGACAUGUUAUAUUGGAAGGGCAAACUGAACUGGACAGCAAUUUUGAUAAAUCCGAUUCAGUGGUGAUUGAUAUGAAUAAUGUUUUGAAUAAUGUCCAUUUACAAAAUGGUAACUCUAAUCACAGAAUUUAAAACAAAAAAAAUUUAUCAUUAGUAAUCCAAAAUUAAUACUAAAUACCCAUAUAGCAAGGGGCAUGCAAUAAGUAAUAAGCGAUAUAUAAAUAAAAUAAACAUUUUAUUAUUUAAAUAAAAAUUGGAAAAAGA